AUGAAGGUCUUUGCAAAGAUGGCCCUUGUUGCCUGCCUGUCGGCGAGCGUUAGUGCUCUCCCAACGCCUGACGCUUCCGGCAAUUCUAUCUCCAAGAUUGCUCGAUCGGAGGAUGUUACUGGCGGUGCUGCCUCUUUCGGCUCUGGUCCUUGGAAGAAGCGCGGAGAGGAUGCUGUCCAGGGUAAUACGCCUGAGUGGAAGAAGCGUGGAGAGGAUGCUGUCGAUGGCAACACGCCCGAGUGGAAGAAGUAG